AUGGCCGACCUGCCUAAAGAGCGAAUUCAUGCCUCGCGCCCAUUCAUAGUCACCGGUGUGGACUACUGUGGGCCAUUUUAUUACAAGCCUGAAGAACGCAAUAAAUCGCCCAACAAAUGUUAUGUAAGCGUUUUCAUUUGCUUCGCCACAAAGGCUGUAUGGAUGGAGUUGGUAAGAGACCUCUCAACAGGUGCUUUCAUUGACGCGCUAAAACGAUUCAUCGCUACGCGUGGCAUACCCAGCUGCAUCUGGUCUGACAAUGCGUCGAAUUUUGUAGGCGCCAAGAACGAGCUUAAAGAACUACGGAACUUAGCCCUCAGCGAGAAACACCGCCGCGAAGUCCACAACUUUUGCCUCAGUAAUGGCUUUGAUUGGCGUUUCAUCCCACCUCGCUCUCCGCACUUUGGCGGUUUGUGGGAAGCGGCCGUAAAAACAGCCAAAGAACAUUUCUAUCGUUCCGGGGGCUCAUCACUGCUUGGCUUCGAUGAAUUGCGUACUUUGGUAUGUCAAAUCUGUGCUGUAAUUAACUCUCGUCCUCUCAUACCCCCUUCAGAAAACCCAGAGGAAUUAGAUGUGCUAACGCCAGGCCAUUUUUUGAUUGGUGGUUCUCUGACAGCUCUUCCGGAACCGGAUCUAACGACGCUAAACUACGACCGACUUGAUCGAUGGCAGCGUGGAACAUACAUUAAACAGGUUUUUUGGAAGCGGUGGACUCAAGAGUAUCUAACUCUUCUACAGCAACGCGCAAAGUGGCGUUUACCUCAUGCCAACAUUGAAGUCAAUGAUGUCGUAUGCAUAAAGGAAGAAAACUCACCACCACUGUAG